AUGUCUAUAGCAGUACACACUGUCAUCGCGUGUUUUACGCUUAUCUAUAUAUGUUGCGGUGUACCGUUAAAGCCAUCGAAUACCUGUGGUUAUGAUGUGUGUAACUUAGGCAAACCCGAUAAAUUAAAUGUACACAUUGUUCCACAUACGCAUGAUGACGUUGGAUGGUUGAAAACUGUCGAUCAAUAUUACUAUGGUGCUCGUAACGAUAUUCAACAUGCUGCUGUUCAAUAUAUUCUUGAUUCAGUUAUUCCGUCAUUAGUAGAAAAUUCUGAUCGUCGUUUUAUAUAUGUCGAGAUCGCUUUUUUCUGGCGUUGGUGGCUGCAGCAAACCGAAGAAAUGCGAAAUACGGUGAGACAGCUGGUUAAUGAAGGUCGUUUGGAAUUCAUUUCUGGUGGAUGGUCAAUGAAUGACGAGGGUGUCACUCAUUAUAAUUCUAUUAUUGAUCAGCAUAGUCUAGGUGCUGAAUUUUUACGUGAUCAGUUUGGUCAAUGUGGUCGGCCAAAACUUGGUUGGCAAAUAGAUCCGUUUGGGCACUCUAAGCAAGUAGCAUCACUUUUCGCACAUAUGGGUUUUGAUGGACUCUUUUUUGGACGAGUCGACGUUCAAGACUACACCGAACGAUUCAAAACGAAAACAAUGGAAAUGAUCUGGAAAGGAAGUGCUAAUCUGGGUGAAGACAGUUGGCUUUUCAGUGGAAUACUGCCAAGGGUUUACGAAGCACCACCUUCGUUUUGUUUCGAUGUUCAUUGCCAAAAUGAACCUAUCAAAGACGAUCCACAAUUACAUGAUUACAAUGUGCCUGAAAGAGUUCAAGCAUUUAUCGAUGCUGCGCAUAGUCAAGCAACUGGCUAUGCAACAAAUCAUAUCAUCAACACGAUGGGUAGUGAUUUUCAGUACGAAAAUGCUGAUGAAUGGUAUAAGAAUUUGGAUAAAUUGAUAAAAUAUGUCAAUGCUCAACAAGGAAAUGGAAGCGAUGUGAAUAUAUUCUAUUCAACUCCAUCGUGUUAUUUAUAUGCAUUGAAUAAAGCAAACCGAACUUGGACAACAAAAUCAGAUGAUUUCUUUCCAAUUUCAUUCAAUCAGCAUGGUCUUUGGAAUGGUUAUUUUACGUCUAGGCCAGCACUGAAACGAUACGAACGUUAUUCAAAUAAUAUUUUACAAGUAACGAAACAAUUGAACGCUUUGUCGAAUGUAACACUUCGGCAUGCCUUCUUCCCACUAAGCGAGGCUAUGGGCAUUGCUCAACAUCAUGAUGCUGUUAGUGGUACGGAAAAACAACACGUGGCUGAUGACUAUGCUCAACGAUUAGCACAGGGCAUUGAUUCUGCUACAUAUGUUGUUAAUGAAGCUUAUAAAAAACUUUUACCAAAAUACAAUCACUCUUUAACAAUUCCAGCUCAAUUUCUCUGUCAAUUUUCAAACAUUAGUGAAUGUUUACCAAUCGAAGGACAAGCUAGUUUUACUUUAACUCUUUGGAAUCCGACGAUUCACUCGGUUCAACACGUCGUCCGUGUGCCAGUAACGCAAAAAUAUCUGAUUCGAAGUCCAACAGGUUCCACAGUUGCAGCUGAUUUCAUGUCAAUAUCUGACCAAGUGAAAAAUAUUCCCGGUCGUACGAGUUCUGCUCAAUAUGAAUUAGUUUUUCAAGUGCCACUACCGGCUCUUGGAUUUAGCACUUACUAUUUCGAAAGUAAAAGUUCAUUAGCUGAUAACAAGAGAAAAGAAAAGUCGAAGAUCGAUCAGACACAUAAUGAAGCGUGUGUACUUCAGAAUCAAUAUCUUCGUGUGGAAUUCGAUCAACAAGGAAAUUUAAAAAAUAUAACGAAUCAAGAGAGAAACUUCACUGUUCAAUUCUCUUCACAAGGAUUCUAUUGGUAUACAAGUUUUCCCGGCAAUAACUCUCGACCGGAAUUUCAAGCAUCAGGUGCUUAUUUUUUCCGACCAUUAACGUCGAAUCCAUUACCAGUUAGUAGCUCACGUAAUGUAACAUGCACACACAUGGAUCAGGUUCAAACGGCAUACAUUGUUUAUAAUCAAUGGUGUAGCCAAGAAGUUCGACUCUAUGAUCAAGCAAAUACAGUUGAAAUCGAAUGGAUUGUCGGUCCAAUUCCGAUUGAAGAUGGUCUCGGGAAAGAAAUCAUUAUACGCUAUGAUACAGAUAUUCGAAGCAAUCAAUACUUUUAUACUGAUGCUAACGGACGAGAAGUUCUUGAACGUAAACGAGAUUAUCGACCAUCAUGGAAUUAUACAGUAUAUGAAAGUGUGGGUGGUAAUUAUUAUCCCGUUGCGAGCCGUAUAUGGAUUAAAGAUAACCAAACACAAAUGACAAUAUUAACAGAUCGAUCAGAAGGUGGUUCAAGUAUGCAUGAUGGCUCUAUUGAAUUGAUGGUUCAUCGUCGUACACUCCACGAUGAUUCACAAGGUGUUGGUGAACCCAUGAAUGAAACUGCUUAUGGUACAGGUCUUGUUGUACGUGGUCGACACGUAUUGAUUCUCGAGACACCGCAAUUAAGUGCCUCUCAUCAUCGUCCAACUGCGCAACAACUCUUCAUGAGUCCACUACAAACAUAUGCUUUACCAGGAAUAUCCUAUACUGAUUAUUCGAAUAAUUAUCGUCAAACAUGGUCAAGUUUAAAUGAAUCAUUACCAUAUAAUGUUCACUUAUUAACAUUCGAUCAGUUGGCAGCAAACGUAUUUCUGAUACGCGUUGAACAUUAUUUUGAAUUGAACGAAGAUGCGACAUAUUCAAAAUCAGCACAAAUUGAUUUAGACAGCUUAUUCAAUACAUUAGGUAAAAUCAAAGAUUUAGCUGAGUUAACCCUUGCAGGCAAUAUGCCUUUGAGUGAAAUGAAACGAUUGGUAUGGCAGACUAAUGAUCAUCAAUCAUCAAAUUUGAAAUUGACAAAGUCAAACACAUCAAAAAGUACAAUUGUUUCACUAAACCCAAUGGAAAUUAAAACUUUUCAAGUAACAAUCGAAUAA